AUGUCGGACCUGGCCACACAGCGGGCAGAGGAAGACAUUCUCGAGCUUAGGUGGGUGGAGAUGGCAGAGGAGCUGUGGGCUCUCAAGAUGCAAGGAGCAGAGCCGUCUGCCCGCCCGCCGCCGCCGCCGCCUCCCCUGCCUCCCCCAACCCCAACCUCAGCUCCUUUUGGAGUUAUGGUCUCAUGCUCCACUUCCUCACUGGCUGCUGCCCCUGACGGGCGGGCUGGGCGCGGUUGCUCGGGGUCCCUCGGCCCCAGUCCUCCGCCCACGGCGCGCACACUCCCGCCCCCUCCCAACUUCAGAAAGUUUGGCCUGGGGUUCCCCACCUCCGAGCAGGCUCGGGCCCAGCGCCGCCUCCCGGCCCCGCUCCCCCCGCACCCGCGCCUGACCUUCACUGCUCCCCGGGGUGCAGACCACCCCACCACGACCUCCUCCUCCCGCCCCGGGCCCCUGCCGGCCCGCGGCCCGGUCCUCCGGGUCGCGCACAGCCCCCGCACGUAG